AUGAAAGAAGACAACGAGGCUUGCCUGCGGAACGACAGCUGCUUUAUCUCCUGGCUAAGGUAUUUGAGGAGCAACAACAUAGAGGAGUCGGCAUGCAAGCUUGCUUCUCAUCACGUUCGCCGUGAAGCAACCAGCGCCGAGGAAUACUUAGCAGGCUCCUUCAACCGCUGUUAUCGAGUCAAGUUCAAGGAUGGACCUGACGUGCUCGUCAGAUUCCCUGCCCUGGGACGGUCGAUGUUUCGACGUGAAAAGAUAGUGGAUGAAAUUACGGUGAUGGAGUAUGUCGAAGGAUAUACGUCCAUCCCCGUCCCUCGCGUCCUCGGGUAUGGCGCAACCGAAGUAGGUCCGUAUAUGAUUCUUGAAUUUGUCGAAGGCAAGCUACUAUCUGGGUAUCUCAAGGCAUCGGAAGACCCCAAGGUGCCAUCGACCUUGAAAUUGGACCUUGACCCUGCCACCUUACGCCGGGCCUAUCGCACCAUGGCGGAAAUCGUACUGCAGCUCUCUACAUGUCGCUUUCCAGAAAUCGGUGGCAUUGUCCGGGAUCGCGCUGGGUACUACGCGGUGCGGAAGCGGGCGCUGACUCUCAACAUGAAUGAAGUGGUGGCGCUUGCAAACUUCCCUCCCAAACGACUAUCGCAGCGCCGCUAUGCGGAUACGACCUCAUACCUGGUGUCUCUCGCAAAUGACCAUCUCCAUCACCUUGAAACACAACGUAACGAUGCGGUGGUGGACGAAGAGGACUGCCGGAGGAAAUACAUCGCCCGCUGUCUAUUCCGUGAAGUUGCUCGCCGCUUCCGCUCUCCGCAUGAUCCCGACUCGUUUCCGCUGUUCUGUGAAGAUCUACGUCCUUCCAACGUGAUUGUUGAUGAGGAACUCCGAGUUCGCGCCGUUAUAGACUGGGAAUUCUGCUAUACUGCGCCGGCCGAAUUUACCUACUGCCCUCCCUGGUGGCUAUUGUUAUGUCGCCCGGAAAACUGGGAAGCCGGCUUCGAUGAUUUCCUAGUUCACUACAUGGCUAGACUAGAGAUAUUUCUAGAAGAGUUAAGGGAGUAUGAAGUUGAGUUUGCUGAGGGUCAUAUACCGCCCGGGUCGUCCCGCCUCUCAGAGCACAUGGCGCAGUCGAUUGAAAAUGGCAAUCUCUGGAUAUUCCUUGCAGCAACGUACAGCUUUGGCUUUGAUGAUAUCUACUGGAAAUUCAUACAUCCAAAGUACUAUGGUGACUUUGGGUCCACCGAGGAUUUGUUGAAACUGCUGAAUGAGGAGGACCGGAAAAAGAUGGAUGACUUUGUCCAAGGAAAGAUGCAACAGAUGAAAGAAGGCGGCCUCGAUUCUCACAGGACAAUAGAAGAGAUCACAGACGAUUGA